CUGUCCUUCGUUCCAACCAGAUAAAUAAGGCUCAAUAAUAAGAACUACAGUACUACCACGAUCAGCGCCGUGAAUCUCAAAAGUUAUCAACCCAGCGCGAUGAAUAAUUCAACAGCCGAGUCAUUCUUUACCGACGCAGGGAGUAAGACAGCAGACAUUCUGUGGACAACAACGUAUUUUAUCCAAGCUUUUGCAGUCUUCCUCGCCAACCUCCUGACCAUCAUCACCUUCACUAUCAACAGACAUCUACGUAAGCGAAGUGUUUACUGUGUCAUGAACCUGGCCGUUGCUGACAUGCUGGUGGGGCUUGGGAUUUUGAUCGUCAACAUCUCUGCCAUGGCGACUUUCGGAUUGCAAUCCAUUUUGAACAAAACUUUUGAUAACUUCGGAAAGAGUUUUGCCAAAAUCCAAUUAAGUAUACAAACUUUCACAGCCAAUGCGACUAUACUCGCGCUGACUCUGGUGGCAGUAGAGCGGAUGUGCGCUACUCUUUGGCCAUUAYGUCAUCGCAGCGUCGAUUCUUGGGCUUUUGUGAUUUCCAUCACGAGCACGUGGUUACUGACCCUUAUGAUAACCAUGUCCGGUGCCCUGAUAAACACACAAGUUGAAGACGCAGGAAAAGUCAGUUUCUACCUAGCAGGUGUUUGGUCGUGCUUGAUACUGCUAGUUUUAUGCCUAUCGUAUAUCGUCAUCUACAUCAAGGUCAAGUUCGAGCGCCGGCAGAUGGCUGGUCAGCGGAUAUCAAGGCAAGAACGGGGACUUGCAACGACCCUGUUCAUUGUGACCGUGGCAUCAGUAGUGACCUGGUUCCCACUGGGGUUUCUCCUUCUUUUUCGGGUUUCUAACUCGGUGUAUGUACCUAAUGAAGCUCAUCUGGUUUGCGUGUUCCUGGUCGUGACUAAUUCCCUUGUCAAUCCUGUGAUAUACGUCUUUCGGAUAAGAGAUUUCAGGAGAGCUCUUUUGAAACUGGUUCUUCGAUGCUCUCGAGACAGACCUACACAGAUACACCCAGUACAAAACGAAAUGCAAGACAGACUUCAGGGAACUUUAGAAGAGACCUAAGAAAGGACACUGCGAAAAAUGGAGAACCACAACAGGAUUAACAUCAUACUACAGACUCAACCAAAUCGAAAGUAAAACUACGCCCAGAGACUUUGGACAUGCGUAGAAGAUUGCUAACGUUAAUGACGUCAGAGCAUGCGAUCUAAAAAAAUAUCUCUAAGGUCUUGGCAUCACAGAGAAAAACUGUAAACAUAAUGCUAGUCACAGACUUAAAUGGCAACUGUAUGUCAAGAGUAUAUUGUAAGAGGUUGCCUAUUAGAAAAAUAAAGCGUAGAUUGAAUCAACCUAGAACUGAUAAUUAAUCUUUUUAGUGUCUAAAAUGUAGA